ACCUCUCUGCCUCGAUUCCAAUCUCUUUCAUCGGAAUCUCUUUCCUCGCAAUGAACGUCGAGGUGGCACCUGUGCACGGGCAUGCGCGCGAACUGGAGCCGGAACGACGUGGUUUGCAUGCAGCCAUGGAAGGCGAAGAGGAGCACCACGGAAAGAAGCCGGUGUUUGAGAAGGUAAAGGAAAAGGUGAAGAAGAUCAAGGACACCAUCAGCAAAAAGAAGCAUGGCCAUGGCGACGACAACCAUGACGACCACCGCGAUGUAAGCGAAGAAGAGGAAGGCUACGAAGAGGAUGACGAAGAAAGACUCGACGACCCUGCGGUCCGCGGCGCCACUGGCCAUGCCGGUGGCGAGAAGGCGAGAGAUGUCGAGAAGGCGACUCUGAAAGACUACGUCAGGAGCUUGGAAGAGGAUCCUGCUGCUCCGAUGUCGGACACUUCAGCCCAAAGAGGUGGGGAAGACAUAGGGACGUCGCCCGUGAUCCAGGCCUUCGAGGCCAUGACCGUGACCGACCAGCCGCCGGUGAAGAACGAAGUAUGUGGAGUCCACAAUAUAUCGGAAGAAGAGAAGCCGCCGAGCGGCACCGAUAAGAUCACAACAACAGCGAAGGCCCCAUACGAGGCGGGGGCGUGUGUGAUUGAGAAGGUGCAGCAGGGGGACAGCUCAACAGAGGGUGGCAGUGUCCGUGUUGGAUCCGGAGUCCGAGUGAAGCUGGCGGAGAAGCUGAAACCUGGAGAGGAGGACAAGGCACUGUGCGAGGUGAUAUCGGAUGCGAUACGGAAGAGGAGGGAGGGGGCAGAGGCGGCGGCGGCGGCGGCGGUGACGGAUUCCAACGCGAAGAGUGGAAAGUUGGGUAUGAUGGGGCGGCUCAGAGGUGCCGUCACAUCUUGGGUUGGCGGACGACGAGAGUCUCAUGCCUCGCCGUCGAUCGAGCACCAGAGAAAAGAGACGGAAGGUGAUCGACCGCAGGAGGAGAUCCAUGAGCAGGAGUUGGAGGAGACGGAGUAGAGGCUGUCGGCGUGCUAAUGUUGCAUACUUUCUCAUUUACUACGCUGGGGCGUGGGAGGUCUCUCUCUCUCUCUCUGUGGUAAUACGUGUGGCUUGUGUUGUUUUCGUCGUCGUUCUGCUCUGUUGCUGCACCGGUUGCAGACUUCGUUGUGUAAUAGUAGGCCAAAUUGGGCACAUAACAUGAGAAGCAAACCAGAUGGGUCAUUACAGAGUCGAAAAUUCUUGCGAAAACGAGAAAAUUUAAAAUUAAAAAUGUAUAUUAAACAUGAAAAUUUAGAAUCUUUAAGAUAUCGGAAUUUUUAUUUUUUUAUCUUAUCUUUUUGUAAUUGAUUGUGUAAUAUUUUGUAUUUAUAAUGACGUAAAUUGAGGACUUUGAUUUUAUUUAUUUGUAGAGGUAAAAUGAGGUUUUUUUUUUAUAUUUGGGGUAAAUAUUUUCAAGAUAAAAUUUUAUGUGAUUACAAAAAGAAAUUUAAAUCUAUGCUAUUUAUUUGUCUUGAUCAAUUGUAAAAAUUAUCAGAGAUUUGAAUGUUUUUAUAUGAAAAAUUAGUUUGAUGAAUAUAUUUUUUUGAAAAUUUGGUGUUUAAUAAAAAAUAUUUUAUAUUUUUUUUAUAAAUAUGAAGUUAUUGAAAUUAAAAAUUUUAAAUUAAUAUGAUUUAUGAUGAUAUAUAUUAGGGGGAUUUCAUCGAGUUAUUUUUUAUUUUAUUUUUGUUAAUUGUGAUCUCGGUAGGGUUUGGUGUAUGAAGUUAUUUUAAAUUAAGUUAUUUUUUUUUAUUAUUAUUUUAUCAAUUUUUUUUGUUCUUAGAUUUUUUUUACUCUUCUAUUAUUUGUCUCUCUCCUCUAAUUCUUUCUCUGUAUUAUUUUCACCCUUGAGUCUAUCCCGACUUAGACUCCUCUUUAUCUAUCUCUUACGGACUAAAAAAACUUAAUAAAAAAUGAUUCAAAACUUGAAAAAUAAAAAGGAUCCUAACAAAUUAUCAAAAUUAUUUUUUUGAAACAAAAAUAGUUAUUUUUUAUUAAUUAAUUGACAUCGAGACAAUCCUUUUCGUCAAUCAAUUUUUUUUAAUCGAUCAUCUUAUCUCAUGUUAUAAUUAAAUCUCU